GAAACUGCUGCAAUGAAAGCUGAUCUCCUGAGGGCCAGGAAUAUGAAAAGGUACAUUAACCAACUGACUGUGGCCAAGAAGCAGUGUGAGAAGAGAAUCAGAAUCCUGGGAGGUCCUGCCUAUGACCAGCAAGAUGAGGGAGCCACAGAUGAGGGGGAAGGGCCUCAAAGCCAGAAGAUUCUUCAGUUUGAAGAUAUCUUGGCCAAUACUUUCUACCGAGACCACUUUCGAAUGUACAUGGAAAGGAUGGACAAGAGAGCUCUGAUUAGUUUUUGGGAGUCUGUGGAAUAUUUGAAGAAUGCCAACAAGAAUGAAAUUCCACAAUUAGUUGGUGAAAUUUAUCAGAAUUUCUUUGUAGAGAGCAAAGAAAUAGCUGUGGAAAAAUCACUGUACAAAGAAAUCCAGCAAUGCCUUGUAGGAAAUAAAGGUACUGAGGUGUUCUACAAAAUCCAAGGAGAAGUUUAUGAGACCCUAAAGGACAGGUAUUACCCUUCAUUUAUUGUCAGUGACCUGUAUGAGAAAUUGAUGAUAAAAGAGGAAGAAAAACAUGUCUCACAGUUGAUUUCCAACAAGGAUGAAAUGAGCCCAGGAGGUGAGACUGGUGAGGAAGCUGCAGAUGGAAGUACCAGCCGGAUUAACGAACAAGCCAGUUUUGCCGUAAACAAACUUCGAGAACUAAAUGAGAAACUUGAGUAUAAAAGGCAAGCUCUAAAUUCUAUUCAAAAUGCACCAAAACCUGACAAGAAGAUUGUUUCCAAGUUGAAGGAUGAAAUAAUUCUAAUAGAGAAAGAACGCACAGACCUUCAGCUGCACAUGGCAAGAACAGACUGGUGGUGUGAGAACCUUGGUAUGUGGAAAGCCUCCAUCACCAAUGGAGAG